UAUCCAAACCCAUACGUAUAAAUCAGCAAAUUUAAGUUAGGAUAAAGUUUGAUAUAUGCAGAGGACAGGAGCGUUACAGAACUUACAGUUGAUAGUCCAUACAAAUGGCUCUACAAAUAUUUUCCCCUAAAAUUCAACAGCCAUUGAAGUCCAUUUUUCCUUCUUCUACUAAUAAUGGGUGCAGUGUAUUUGUGCCUUGUGCCUACAAUGCAUCUCGCAGGCUUGCUUUAUUUCAACUCACUACAGCCAUCACUCAGUCACAGUUAUUCAAUGGAAAAGCACCUGAAUCUCUUAAUGCUGAAGGGAAAGUGAUCGAAAGUGGAACGAUUGCUGAACUGGCGCAGUCAAAUAUUGCCCUAAGUGAUGAAAAUGCAUCAGAGUGGAUCAAGCAAGACAAAAGAAGAAUGCUUCAUGUCGUUUACCGUGUUGGGGAUUUGGACAAGACGAUAAAGUUUUACGCAGAAUGCUUGGGAAUGAAGCUGUUAAGGAGGCGAGAUAUACCAGAGGAUGGUUAUUCAAAUGCUUUUCUUGGUUAUGGACCUGAAGAAUCAAAUUUCGCCGUUGAACUUACUUACAACUAUGGAGUUGAAAAGUAUGACAUUGGAACUGGUUUUGGUCAUUUUGGAAUUGCAGUUGAGGAUGUUGCUAAGAUGGUAGACCUAGUAAAAGCAAAGGGAGGGAAGGUCCUCCGGGAACCUGGUCCAAUCAAAGAUGGAGGACCUAUAAUUGCCCUCGUGGAAGAUCCUGACGGCUACAACUUUGAGUUUCUAGAGAGAAGUCCUACUCUUGAGCCUUUCCGUCACGUAAUGCUCCGUGUAGGAGAUCUUGACCAGUCCAUUAAUUUCUAUAAGAAGGCAUUUGGCAUGGAUCUUAUUCGUAAAAGAGAUAAUCCGGACAACAAAAACACAAUAGCCAUCAUGGGUUAUGGACCUGAAGACCAAAAUGCAGUUCUGGAAUUAACAUAUAUUUACGGUGUCAAAAGCUAUGAUAAAGGAAAUGGUUAUGGUCAGAUCGCAGUAGGAACAGAUGAUGUCUACAAGACUGCAGAAACUAUAAGACUUUAUGGAGGGGAAAUUGUACUUGAACCUGGACCCUUGCCGGGUAUCAACACCAAGAUCAUGGCAUGCGUUGAUCCUGAUGGUUGGAAGACAGUUUUUGUUGAUAAUGCUGACUUUAUGAAGGAAUUAGAGUGAACAAAUGCAGGAUUACCCAAAACAUCUCAAUCAUGCACUAGGUUUCUGAAUAAUUUGUCACAAUUUGUCCACUGAUAUCAUUCAGAUAAUCUAUUCCGACAUAAAUCAGGCACAUUGUAAUGCCAUUUUCCAAUAUGUAAUCUAUCCCUAUACAGAUGUAACAGCUUAAAUCAAUCCAUUGCUUCUCUGAUUUGAUACCA